GCGCGCGCGGCCUUGUGGGAGUUGCAGUUGGGCUGCCUGUACUACGUUUCCCGUAGUGCUUCGGGCGGCUUGCUUCCGGCGCAGCUACGGGUCGGUGCGCGUGGCCUUAGCACUGUUGACUUUGCCGAGCCAUGGAGGGCAGCUUCGGCUCGGAUUUCGGGGGCUCUGGCAGCGGGAAGCUGGACCCGGGGCUCAUCAUGGAGCAGGUGAAGGUGCAGAUUGCCGUGGCCAACGCGCAGGAGCUGCUGCAGAGAAUGACGGACAAGUGUUUCCGGAAGUGCAUCGGGAAGCCAGGGGGCUCCCUGGACAACUCCGAACAGAAAUGUAUCGCCAUGUGCAUGGACCGCUACAUGGACGCCUGGAACACCGUGUCCCGUGCUUACAAUUCAAGGCUGCAGCGGGAGCGGGCCAACAUGUGAGUGGGAGGCGGUGCUACGGCGGGUCCGCUCCCACAUCACUGCAUUUAAGUGGACGUGCCUGGCGGGGCGGGGCCAACACUUGCGUACUGCCUGCCGGUGGAGGCACUAUGGGGGUGGAACCGCCGCCAGUGCUGGGAAAGAUGGGACUGUGACCUCCUACCCACCCACCCCGGCCUCUGCCAGCCAGUGCAGUCUGGGUCUUGGAGCGCUUAUGCCUUUCCAAAGUGCUGGCCGCUCGGUGACACCUCCUUCAGACCUGAUGGGCCCAGGUCAGUCUCAUGUCCUAGGCAAAGAACCCUUGUUUGGACCUUGGAGUGGGGAGUGGUCAGACCCCACUUGAGCUGUGACCUCCUGAGGACCGACAAAUAAAUUGCUGGGGGAAGGGCAGAAA